AUGGAGUACUGGGAGCGCGCGGGCGUGGCGGCCGUGGACGCGGGCACGCCCGCCGAGGCGCUCAACCUUCUGCAAAAGGCGCAGGACGUGGCAGAGGUGCUGGACCGCUACUUUGCAACACACACGCGCAGCCGCUGCAUGGCGGCCAUGGGCUGGGGCGCGGGCAUCACGCGCGAGGGGACCACGCAGUGCAUGGUGCACUGCCUGCGCGGCCUGGCGCUGGCGCGCGUGGCGCUGCCCUGGGAGGAGGCCUACCUGUCGCAGGUGCGCUGGCGCCGGCGCCUGGCCAUGGACUGGCGGCCCCGCUCCCGCCUCCUCCGCGCCUGCCUGGGCUACUCCCCGGAGCCGGUGCACGUCGCCUUCGAGCGCCGCGUGGCCAUGCUGGACCACGACUCGCUAUUCCUCAUGCGCCCGCUGCCGCUGGAGCCGGCGGCGCAGGAGGGGGGCCCCUGCCCGGGCCUGAUGACGCGCUUCCUGCCCAGCGCCGACAGCGACCCGGGGGAGGGGUCGGAGGGCUUCUGCUCCGACACCUUUGCGCCCUGCCCGCCCAAGCCGGAGCUGUGCUCGCGCGACGAGGUGCUAUACAUCCUGGAGAUGCUCUGCACCGCCCUCCUCGUCUCCAAGCCGCUGGACCUGGAGGGCGUGAAGUACCUCAUGUGGGUCUGCCGCCACCUCAAGGGCACCCAGAAGAAGAGGGGCCGGUGCCGCCGCCUCCAGGGCAUCCUGGCAGACGCCAAGACCGCGCUGAGUCAGGCGGAGGCAGAGGAGCGCAUGUCCCUGCGCGUGGCGCCGCUGCUGGGCCUGUCAGAGCACCUGGCCGGCGCCGAGGCGGGGAAGAAAGCGUGA